AUGGCAACGCCCUUGCUGCAGCUGGUAACUGACACGGACAGCUCGGAUCUGAGCGAGAGCGACCUCAUUCGUCACGUGGAAGACGUCAAGAGACAAUUGCGCGACUCCUGGUGGCGCUCUGCGAUCACUCGCGAUUCUUUUGCCAUUGGCGUCUGUCACGUAACCAGUCAAGUGGUGGGGUAUCUUGCCCAGCAUCGACCUGUUUUAGCUCCUGCACGGACAUCCCAAUGGCAAAAGCGCGUGUUUCUACUGGAAACAGCCGUAGCGAGUGCAUUUACAAGCCUCCAAGACGCUAAAAGCAGAGAUUUAGCUGUUUUAUCUGAAGAAAAUCGAGACUUUUGCAGUAAAUACGCAAAACUCCUGAACAGACUUUACGAAACAUCACAAUUGCCGGCUCAAGCCGUGGCAGUUAUGACGAAAGUGGGUGUACUGCUGGCAAUGAGCUGGUUAUCGUACGAUCGAGUGGGAAAAGGGAAGGCAGUCGAGAAGCUGUUACGUCUGUGCACCGACUUCUGUUCGGAGCACAAGUCGGUCCAAGAGUUUCAGAAGUGGCCACAGUUUCUACUUGGGAUGGUUCAAUUGGUCGAGAAGCAGGAUUACCAUGAAGCUUUGCAGUGUUUUCGCAACGUUGUGGAGAAAUGUCGUGACGCCACUAAUGCAGCUGGCGACCAUGUCUUUUUCUAUUGGUAUGCAGUAGUGUUGAUUCGCAAUGGACUUUUUAGUGACGCUGUUGAUGCCCUUGAUGAGUGCAUUCGAGCAAACUAUGAACCUGUUGCGUGUCUGUCGCUCCAGGCGUUUGCAAACGUGAAAAUGCAGGAUUACCAUGCAGCUACGGAGCACCUUGAGCGUGCGUUGCAAAUCGAUUGUACGCAUUCAGGGUCAUUGGUAAACUACUCGCUCUUGAUGGAGCAAAUGGGUAAUAUUGACAUGCAGCAGCUACAUCUGGAGGCGGUAUUGAACUCUCGUGAAGGCGUGGACCACGGACAAGCACAGAAAAGUGAUGCUGCUGAUAUUGCUGGCACGCCAACAUCAUUUACGGCACUUUUCGAAGAUGCUUGUCUCGCGUCGUUAUCUCUGUCUCGGCGGAUGAGUGUGUUGGACACGCCGACUGUACACCAUCGUGCGGCCUUAGCAGCAAUGGAAAAUGGCAGUUGGCAUGUGUCGAAAAAUCACUUUGAAGCGUUGAUCGAUCGCGAAGGUCCGUGCAAUUCAUCGAAUAUAGACGUAUAUGUCGCUCAGGACUAUGUCUACGUGCUGCUUCAGUGCAGCCUUCCAUCACUAGCGCUUUUAAGAUGCGAGCAGUUCAUACAGCUUUACGAGCGCAAUGAUGCUGCGCACGCAAACGACGAUGAAGUACCAUUGCUUCUGCUCCAUUUGUAUAGGGCUGAUGCUAUGUUGUGCUUGGAACGCGUUAAUGACUGCUUCGAGUACCUAAGCCAGACUGUCCAGCCGAAAAUCCAAGCAUUGAUGCAACGGCCGAGUGCUAUUGAUCAUGCAAAGUCUAAAGAUAUCGCAUCGUGUCACUCGCAGUUGCUGAAUAAUUUAGCGGUUGUCACAGCAUGUCAUCGUGGUGUCGAUGCUGGUCUCUUGCUUCUUCACAAUGGACUGAAACAGUACCCUACUUCUGUCGUCUUGCAAUUCAAUCUCGUGCUGUUGCUUUGGAGGAAAGAUGAUAAAGCUACUGCGUGCACUAUAUGGAUGAAGGUUCGAGGGUGGGACAGUCAAGCGAAGCAUGGUGAACCAAAGAUGACUGAUGAAGAAUCCCUGUUCAAUGCUGCUUCCGUUUGUCGAAAUGCUGCAAUGUCUACUAGUCAUUCUCGAGACCCGUUGAUUUCAGAGCAUGUGCAAGGAAAAUGUGAUGGAGAAAGUGGUAUAUCUGCGCGGCAGCUCUUGUAUCUGGAUGCUUUGAUAUUGAAUUAUUGGCACAAGGCUCGGGACUGCGAGCUUCUUGAUCAUUCCGUCCAAUAUGUAGAGUAUCUUGAGAGUUUGGGCACGACAAGUGCAACUCGGUAA